UUCUCAGUUCUCACUUCUCACUUCUCAGUCCCUCACAUAUCUCCCACACACCAGAGACUAGAGACCUAAACCGUACCACUCAACCCCACGCCCCACCUUCUUCAUCGCCGAGCUACUCUCUAUCUGCGGGAGGGUGUCGUCUCCGUCGGCCUAGCCUCAAUCGAGCCUCCACCUUCUCCUCUCGGCGUCGCUCACGUGCACAGAACCCACGGGGUCCUUUGUUUUCUCCCGUUUCCAACAUCGCUCCUGUCAUCCAUUUUCCCGCCGGCGCUCUUCGUUUCUCCGUCCCAGUCCUCUUCUCAGCGUAGCGGUGGUUCGUUCUCUCCUCGGAAUCUCUCUGUCUUCAAGCGCUCUCUCUCUCCGAGCUCACUCUCUCUCACCGCGAACGUCUCUGCUUGCGCCCAGCCGUCUUCUCCUCGCCGUCACCUUCGUUCUCUCCUCCGCGUCUCUCUCUCUUCAAGUUCUCUCCAUCCGAGCUCACUCUCUCUCACCAUUGUAGUAGUUGCUUGCAGGUGGUCUCUACCUCGUGCUUCCCUGCUUCCUUGGAGCCUAGUAACCUGCCAAAAGCAACAAGAGGAUUUAUUUUGUCUUUCUCCCUCAAUGGCUUGCUUCUGCCCAAGGCCCAUCAGCCUCAACAGGUUUGGACCAUCCCCGCAAAUCCCUCAACCUCCUCGAAUCAUUGCAAAUCCUCAGCAACGUCUCAAGAGAACCCGGAAAUUCAUAACCUUAGCUUGCCAAACAAAUCCAAACCUCGACGACACCUCUACAAAGGAAAGGUUGGUUGUUGAGCCAAGCAAUAGUAAGGGAACGAGUUCCCCCCAAGAUGCUGCUGCUCCUUCUUCUUCUUCUUCCCCUCCUGGCCUUCCUGAAUUACCGAACAAAGAUACUAACAGGAAGAUAGCAAUUGUUUCUAUUUUAGCUGCUUGGGGUCUUUUCUUGUCUUCAAGGUUGGAUUUUGGUGUUUCCUUGAAGGAUCUCACUGCCCUUGCAUUGCCCUAUGAAGAGGCACUGUCCAAUGGAAAGCCCACUGUAGUGGAGUUUUAUGCAGAUUGGUGUGAAGUAUGCCGGGAAUUAGCUCCAGAUGUGUACAAAGUAGAGCAGCAAUACAAGGAUCAAGUGAAUUUUGUUAUGUUGAAUGUGGAUAAUACCAAGUGGGAGCAAGAGCUUGAUGAGUUUGGUGUUGAGGGUAUUCCACAUUUUGCCUUCCUUGACAAAGAUGGAAAUGAGGAGGGGAAUGUGGUAGGGAGGCUCCCAAGGAAGUACCUGCUCGAAAAUGUUGACGCGCUUGCUCGUGGCGAAAAUUCAGUGCCACAUGCUCGUGUUAUGGGACAAUAUUCGAGUGCUGAAGCAAGAAAGGUGCACCAAGUUGUUGAUCCUAGAAGUCAUGGCUAAAUUUCCCUGGUAAAAUACAUUCUGUUAUUGUUCCUAAGAAACUGCUUCUGAAGAGGCAGUUCAUUUCUCUUGUAUGCUGCCAUUCAUGUUCAUCACAAGUUUACUGUAUCAUGAACAUAAUUUCCUCAACCCAAAUGCCGAAUUGUUGGGGCAAAUGUUUGUAUCCAAGACAACCAUCUAGACUAGAUAUGUAUAUACAUGAUAUCUCAGUCUUAACAAUUAUAUGCUUACAUGUUAUUUUAGUAGUUA